AAAAAAAUUCCAAAAUCUGUCCCUAAAUACAAAAAUGUCUACUCGCACAUUAUAUCGACGAUAUUUAGAAAUUGUUCAACAUUGGCCUUUAGAUCCAAAUAAACCAUCUCGUGAUCUAGGUGUUUAUAUUCGUUCCCGAAUCAAUAAACAUUUUCCUAAAGGUGAAAUUACUCCCAUUGAUUCAUCAUCGAUUCCAACUUUAACUGCCGAAAUUGAUGCAUUAGAACGUUUGACGACAAAUGUUAAUCGUGAUUCAAAUCGUUAUAAAGAUUGUUCAACAGCUUCUGGUAUGACAGCCGAACAAUUAUCCCAUGUUACAUCUAGUGAAUCAAUCAAAUCUUUUAAUGAAUUCUAUGAUUCUGGAAUGGUUAAUUCAUUGAAAUAUCGAUUCUUUUCCAUGUUCACAAAAUAAAAUCCAAAUCAAUAUUUUUAUAUUUUAA